UAGCAAAAUAUGACCGCGAGAGAAGCAACUAAAACUCUCAAUAUUACUCUGUAGUAUUGUUAGUUAUCGGAAAGGUUAUUGACCUAUGCAAUACGUAGGUUACGUUGGAACUAUUUGAGUCCGAGUUGCCGAAAGAUGUAUGCAUUGUAGCAAAAUUCGGUAGCCCCUACUAUUUGCUACAAAUCUUCCUCACAUACAAUCAGAAAUGUCAAAAGAGAGCCAGCACGGGAAAUGGACCCUGUCCAGUAGCGACGAUGAUGACUUGAUCCCCUCUGCUUCAAACAACAGCCCAUUAUUGUUUGACAGUCUCACACCUGAACAGCAUACACCCUCAGACACCAACCACAACGUCCACAAGAAAUCCCCCUACCUUAACCAAGCUAAUCAGGAGCCUGAAUCUCCAGCGACCCCCCCUCUUUCAGUUGGUUCUGAGACCAGACAGGCCGUACAGGGAAGCGUAUUGAAACCAGUGAAGAAUGAAUCCACCCAAUCCAGCCCCUUUCGGACUGGUAAGAGAAAGAAGGUUGACGAUUCAAUUUCCAGCUGGGCUCUUUCAGACAGUGAUGAAGACCAUGAUAAUGCUAAAGGUCAAAGUUCAGAACAAAAAGACCUGCCUCCUAAGAGUGCAACCUCAAGGCCCAAGCCAAAGAAGGUUAAAGUGGAGGAAAGACCUCCCAGUCCCCACGGCAGAACAUACUACAUAGACGAACCAGAUGAUUUCUUUGAGACUAGCUUGCCUCCUGUCAAUGACAUCUACAGAUUCUACCUCAAUAAGGUUACUGGGCUUGAUAAGAAGUACAACACUGGUGCGCUACACAUCAAAGAAAUCCUCUCCCCUUUGUUCGGGACACUGAAGGAAUCUGUGCAGUUCAACUACUGCUUUGACAUUGCCUGGAUGGUGCAACAGUACCCACCAGAGUUCAGAGAUAAGCCUGUUCUGAUUGUCCACGGAGACAAGAGAGAGGCCAAGGCCCGCCUGGUCCAGCAAGCCCAGCCUUACAGCCAUGUCAGCUUCUGCCAGGCCAAACUGGAUAUUGCCUUCGGCACACACCACACGAAGAUGAUGUUGCUGUGGUACGAGGAAGGCUUCCGAGUGGUUAUUCUCACCUCCAACAUGAUACGGGCAGACUGGUACCAGAAAACACAGGGGCUGUGGAUGAGUCCUCUGUUUCCACCGUUACCCAAGGGGAGUCCAGAGACAGCGGGGGAGUCUCCCACCCUCUUCAAGCGGGACCUACUGGAGUACCUGGGGGCAUACCGUGCCCUGGAACUCACCGAUUGGAUCCAGAGAAUCAGAGAACAUGACCUGUCUGAAACCAGGGUCUAUCUAAUAGGUUCCACUCCGGGGAGAUAUCUGGGCUCAGACAUGGAGAGGUGGGGUCACCUGAGGUUGAGAAAACUUUUGCACGACCACACGCGGCCCCUCCCCGACGAAGAGAAGUGGCCUGUCAUUGGUCAGUUUUCCAGCAUCGGCUCCAUGGGAUUAGACAAGACCAAGUGGCUGCAAGGGGAGUUCCAGCGUACCCUGACCACCCUGGGCAAAUCGUCUCUACGCCCAGAUCCCCCAAUGCACUUGGUGUACCCCUCCGUAGAUGAUGUGAGAACUAGUCUGGAAGGAUACCCAGCUGGUGGCUCCUUGCCCUACAGCAUCCAGACUGCUCAGAAACAACUCUGGCUCCACAGCUUCUUCCAUCGCUGGCAAGCUGAGACUACGGGGAGGAGUCAUGCCAUGCCCCACAUCAAGACCUACAUGAGGGCGUCCCCAGACUUCACACAACUCGCCUGGUUCCUCGUCACAAGUGCUAACCUGUCCAAAGCAGCGUGGGGUGCCCUGGAGAAGAACAACAGCCAGGUGAUGGUUCGGUCAUAUGAACUAGGAGUCCUGUAUUUGCCCUCUGCCUUCAACAUGAGUACCUUUCCUGUCCAGAAGGAUGUGUUUCCUGCCACUACUUCCUCCACCUCAUUUCCUGUGCCCUUUGACCUGCCACCCAAUCGCUACUCCAGCAAAGAUCAGCCAUGGGUAUGGAAUAUUCCCUAUACUCAGGCUCCCGACACACACGGUAACGUCUGGGUCCCCUCCUGAACCACUGUGGCAGACCACACACAUGCAUUCCCCUGAAGGUCCGGUCACCGUUGAACCCGUGCCAGACCCUCCACCAUUUGAAUCUGGAACAACCGGGUGGUUCGGAGACACUCUCCUCCGGUACAUGUCCAGUCAACUUCUGUCACCUCAGCAUUGUUAAAACCAACUGUCCCCUUUCAAACAUGUCAGCCUUCUCCCAUCCUGUGCCAUACCUGUCUGUCUCCCUCUCUUUCUUUUACACUGCCUGUCUUACCUUUCUUUUACAAUAGCUCAUUGUACCUGUCCUGGAGUCACAUCUUGCUAUUACCUGGUGCUGUUGUAAGUAGAUUGCCCAUUGUAGCUUUUUUUUGUUAGCCUCAGUUUAGUGCAGGUUGGUUUGGAGGCUUUUAUGCUAUAAAACACCUCCUUGUCAUGUUCGUCAGGACAUUUAUUAGCUAAAUAAAUCUGAUGUUCUAGUAGAACUGGGGAAAGCCUGCAUUCGAGUAGGCUAGUUGUUUGGAAGGAGUGUGGGUCAUUCCUGCACUACUGUUAAUUGAAUGAGUAGACUUGAAAAUGGCUGUCAUCCACCAUCUAGGCAUCAAUCGUUGUCUACAUCUUUUUGUUGAUAGUCAUGUAGAUAUUACAUUGUUACUGUAGCUAUGGGUAAUGUACUGUAUCUUUUUUAAUGUGUGCACAAUAAUCACUGUAGACUGGUCAUGUUUGUUAUUAAAAGAUUGUU